AUGACGAAGAAGAAGAAGAGUCGCGACAUUUGUCCUAGAACGAGAAGAGUAAAAAAACCAGGAGGUCCAAAACAGCAAGGAACACCAACCCCUGAAGAAAAGAGACCCCGAACUGCCUUUUCCGGCGCUCAGUUGGCAAGACUGAAACACGAGUUCGCUGAAAACCGUUAUCUAACUGAAAGGAGAAGGCAGCAGUUGAGCGGGGAGUUGGGCUUGAAUGAAGCCCAGAUAAAAAUAUGGUUCCAAAAUAAAAGGGCGAAAAUAAAGAAGGCUUCCGGUCAAAAAAAUCCUUUGGCGUUGCAGCUGAUGGCUCAAGGUUUGUACAACCACUCGACGAUUCCCUUGACUAAAGAAGAAGAAGAGCUGCAAGAAAUGCAUGGUGGGAAAGUUCCAUCAUAG